AUGGGAUAAUUUUUAAGUUCUCAAUGUUGUGAAAAGAAAGUAGAGCCACCUAAGUCUCUGUUAUAAGAAGGCUAAUUGUUGAACUUAAACCAAGAUUAUCAAUACUUUUUUAGUUAAGAUUGGUUUGGAGUUGACAAACCAUAAUUUGAACCAUAAAAAUUCAUCUUCAUUUAUCCUGGUUAUAAGGAAGACUAAUCAUAAAUGGAAAAAUUUUGGUCGAAAGCCGAUACAAUAAAUUUAAGACAUGGAGAAUUGGUUAGGUAAAAAGGAAAAGUUUUGAAUAAGAAAUGGCAAUAUUUAUUUAGAAAAGGUGUUCCAUGUUCCUUGGCUAAAAAAAUAAUAUUGGAUACUUUUAGAUUGACUUAUGUUGAUUGCGAAGCAGAAUAUUUAUCUGCUCUGAAGGUUGUAUUCAAAAACAAAUAAAUUCCUAAAACAUUUAAGAAUGUACCUCUUUUUGGUUGUAAUACAAACGAGGAUGAUGAUGAAGAAUUUAAUUACUUAAAUGAAAGUGAGAAGAAAAUCUAAUUAAUACUGAAAGUGUAGAUUUUGAAUUAAUAAGGAAUGGAAGCCUUAAUUAGGUUACUUUGGAUUGUGAACAAUUUAAAUCAUUUCUUGGAAUAUAACCCAAUGCUCCUCCAUAUAAUAGUUAUGCUUUUAAUAUUCUUAAGUGAGGCUUAGACUUAUUGUGUAUUGCAAUUUAUGAUUAAAGAUUCAUAAUAAAGUUUAACUGAUAAUCAGACAAAAUAAUAACUACGAUGGCAUCUCAUUAUGAAUGAGGAACAUUUUAAAGAAACAGCCACCACAUUUUAUGAAACAGUGAGUAGAAGAAGUAAAACAUUUAGUACUAUUUAUUAAUUGAUGUAAAAUAUGCACUUUGAUUCAUUUGAAUUAUUUUAAGAGAUGUCAAUUAGUUUAAUGUUAACUUACUUACCAUUUUCUGCUAUCUUAAAAAUAUUCAUCAUUUAUCUAAAUGAAGGAAUAAAGAUAUAUUUUAGAAUGUUUUAUUCUGUUUUAAGAUAUGUUGCAGAUGAUAUAAAGUCAUGCAAAUCAAGCUCUAAUUUAAAAUCUAUUUUAAGAAAGAAACUAAUGAAUUUAAACAUAGAAGAAUAAAACAAUAUUAUUAAAUAAGCAUUUAAAUUAAGUCUAAGUGAAAGUGAAUAAGUUAAAUCCUUUAUGAGAACAACAGUCUCCUACACUAAAAAUUAGCCUUGUUAUUUACCCAUACCAUCUCAGGCAUCAGACUUAAUUACAAAUGAAUAGGCAUUUAUAGAUAUAUGA